AUGAACGGAACUAGCUGUCAGAACGUCACGGUUGAUCUGUCCGAGUCAAGCCUACGCCUGACGUCAAACAAACAUUUGCUUGUUGUCUUGGUGAUACUAUCCUGCCUGAUUGCUGCAUUCACUGUCGGAGCCAACAUUUUGAUCAUCGUCGGCGUGCUUCUUAGUAGAAGAGCUCGUCGCCAGCAAGUCUUGGUCAGUUCAGGUAUCAGCAGCAACACCAAACUCAUCAUGGCAUCGUUCGCCUUCGGGCACCUUAUCAUGGGCGGAGUUUGCAUGCCUUUCGCAAUUAUUCAAAUGGUCUCAAACGGGGCGUGGUAUUUCGGCCCCGAUUUGUGCGUGGCUCGGACCUACCUGGAGUCGCUGAUGGAGAUCAUAGGAGUCUACCACGUGAUCAGCAUGUCGGUCGACACAUACAUUGCCGUCUGCCAGCCCAUGAAGUACCGCGUACUCACUUCACGUUACGCCUACGCCAUGUUGGGCUUCUGUUGGCUUCCACCUGCGACACUAUUUGCAGCUCCUCUGAUACUUGGAGGAUACCGGAACGGCAAAGAGGAUAUGUACAAGAAAUAA